AUGGACAGCUGGGCUCUGAAAGCGGACCACCUGCCCCUCUCAGGGUCUCCACGGGAGCCAUGCCCAGGAAGGAGCCCCGUUGAGCUCUGCUCCACCUUCGCCUUCAAUCGCCUGCCAGGACGGUUGACAUUCAGGGAUGUGGCCAUAGAUUUCUCUCAGGAGGAGUGGAAAUGUCUGCACCCAGCUGAGCGGAAACUGUACAUGGACGUGAUGCUGGAGAACUACAGGAACCUGUGCUCCCUGGGUCUUGCUGUCUCUAAGCCAGACCUGGUCAUCUUUUUGGAGAGAAUGAAGUUGGCCUGGGCUGUGAAGCGAAAAAAGACAGUGUCCAUCCACCCAGCUAUGUCUUCUGCGGACACCCAGGGCUUGUUGCCAAAACUGGACAUAGACGAUUCAUUCCACAGAAUGCUUCUGAGUACAUGUAAUGGAGAGAGAAGCAAUCAAUUCAAUGAAUCUUGGAAAAGCUUUAAACAAGGGUCAAACCGACUGUGA